GACAAUGGACCUGAAAGCUGAAGACGAUGACAAUGUCGUUGAAACCCGUGAACUUUAUUUAGUAAACACACCCCGUGACUCUUUGGUGUCUACGGACGUUAUCGUUACCGAUAAUGUUAAUGAAGAUAUAAACAAUGACUUGUCAUCGAGUACGAUAGCCGGUCUUAUGGCUGGACAAUCAGCCGUUUGCUUUCCAACUAAAUUCACAUACGAUUUUUCACCGAGUCCUGGGAGCGAAGAACGUCACCAAAUAACAAUCGGAGUUGGAAAAAGAAAACAACGAAGGUACCGUACAACAUUUACAAACUUCCAAUUAGAAGAAUUAGAACGCGCGUUUCAAAAAACGCAUUAUCCAGAUGUCUUCUUCCGUGAAGAGCUGGCAUUGAGAAUCCAGUUAACUGAAGCUAGAGUUCAGGUAUGGUUCCAAAACCGACGAGCCAAAUGGCGCAAGCAAGAAAAGCAAUGUAAAGUAGGCAUGUCAUCUCACAUAACAGAUGCAUGUCAAGAAGUCCAGCAACAUCACCAACAGUCAGCACAUCACCAUCACCACCACCAUCAUCACCACCAGCAGCCGCAGAACACUGAUCAAUUAUUGUUGGAAGCUCCACUUGGCAGUCCACCGUCCAUUUACUUGGGAAUGGAGUGGGCUGGCUUUUCACCGUUUACUAACGUCACUACAACCUCGCCACUUAUUAUUAAUGGGCUAACUAAACCUCCAGAGAGUGAUGAUAACCCACUUUUAGAUCCAGAUUUAUUGCAGCUCAAAACCCCUAGAUCAUAAUUAUUUUUUUAUUAAAAAUAGUUUUAUCGUUGAUAUUUAUAAUGAGGCUUGAUGAUAAAAAAUUAUUACUAGUCUAAAAAAUUUUAGCUUAAGAAUUUUAAUCUAUACUUAUAUAGAAGAUAGGGUGUAAUGGAUUAAUUUAGGUAAAUUUU